GUCAGUUGGUACUAAAUGAUGUAAUGCUGAAAGUUGACUUCUGUUAAUGUUGCAUACCUACGCUGUGUUGCCUUUGCAAACUAUUUUGUGUUGGUCACUUCUUCUGUUUGUAUAUUUAGAGAUAUUCUUCGAGUCUUGUUGUGUUAUCUGUCCACCACAACUAUGUUCAGUACAUCACAGGGUAGCAAGAUAAGAUUUCAAGGAAUAUCAUCAAAUAAUAUCCAUGCCUGACCAUCUGGAUUGUAAGCAAAUAAGUGAGGUUUUACCGGAAAACGGGGAGGACAUCGUUACUCCAUGGGAAGUAUCGACAAGUUCAAGCAGCGGAGUUGACUAUGAUAAUCUUAUUGUUCGGUUUGGAUGCUCAAAAAUCAACAGUGAUUUGCUUCAACGACUUUCAAACAUUUGUCCAAAACCGCUUCAUCACCUUUUGAGACGUCAAAUUUUCUUCUCUCAUAGGGAUUUAGAACAAAUUAUAUUGCGCAUUGAGCAGAAAAAGCCAUUCUUUCUGUAUACAGGUAGGGGUCCUUCUUCAGAAUCCCUACAUCUUGGGCAUGUCAUUCCAUUCAUUCUGAAUAAGUGGCUUCAGGACGUCUUUGACGUUCCUCUCGUAAUCCAGCUAACUGAUGAUGAGAAGUUUUUGUGGAAAAAUCUGUCCAUUUCCGAAGUUCGUCAUCUAACUCGUGAGAACGCGAAAGAUAUUAUUGCAAUGGGUUUUGACCCUAAGAAGACGUUUAUUUUCAGUGAUUUUGAGUACAUGGGAACAUGCCCAAACUUUUAUCGUACCAUUUGUCAAAUACAACGCUUAGUUACAUACAAUCAAGUCCGUGCAAUUUUCGGUUUCAAUGAUAGUGAUUGCAUUGGAAAAAUAUCUUUUCCAGCUAUUCAAGCAGCUCCUUCAUUUGCUCAAUCUUUUCCAUCAGUCUUUCAAAAUAUUAAAAAGCCAGAGGAGGUGGGCUGUUUAAUCCCAUGCGCUAUCGAUCAAGACCCAUACUUUAGAAUGACACGAGAUGUUGCUCCUCGCCUUGGACUGCCAAAACCAUGUCUUAUGUACUCAGUAUUCUUUCCUGCCUUACAAGGGAAUCAAACAAAAAUGAGUGCAAGCAAUCCAAAUACGUCAAUAUUUCUAACAGAUACACCGAAACAAAUUAAAAAUAAGAUCAAUAAAUAUGCAUAUUCCGGUGGUGGGGAUACAGUCACUGAACAUAGAGAACGUGGUGGAAAUUGUGAUGUUGAUGUAUCCUAUCAGUAUUUGAGAUUUUUCCUGGAGGAUGAUCAGAAGUUGGAACAAAUACGUCAAGAUUAUUCUAGUGGAAAAAUGUUAACCGGUGAAUUGAAAAAAGAAUUGGUAACACUCUUGACAGAUUUUGUUGGAGAGCAUCAAAGGAGAAGAGCAGCAGUUACAGAAGAAAUAAUUGAUGAAUUUAUGACUCCUCAUCCAUUGAAGCUUCCUUUCAUCUGAAUAUAUAUAUAUAUAUAUAUAUAUAUAUAUAUAUAUAUAUAUUGAAUUAUUCAUUUUGCAUAUCAAAUUAAUAACUUGAAGGAUAUUGAAAAUAUAACCUUUGUGAAUAAACUUGUAUGGAUAAUAAUGUUGUGUAUUGUUUCACAUGUUGUACUGGGCAUUUGACUAUUGAAAACCUUACAUCAGAUGUACACUUCACUACAAUCUAUUUUUACCAAGCUGUACAUUUCAUUCCCCCCCCUCCGACCCCAAAAAUAUUCAAUACCAACCUAUUAGUGGUGCAUUUGUGCAUCUUGAAUAUUGGAGUGACUUAAAGAUCACUCAAGCAACUGCUGAGAUAACCUGCAUUUCACGAAAAACUAUCCCCCCUACCCCUCAGUCGAAAUCCUGAAAUUUGAUGGGUUAACUUAGCAGUUGCUAGAGUUAUUCGAAUAUUGUACAGGCUCUGUCUAUCCUGCACUUUAAAUUUUGCGAUCAUUGUGAAUUAUCAAUGUUACACAUUUGGUUUAAGAAAUCACAACGAUUACAAAUGUUUAAACACCUCACUAUAAACAAUUUUAUCAUAACAGUUUAAUGUAUCUCGCA